UUUCAAGAUCCGAUUUCCUACUUAAUUGAUCAUUAAUGUCAUUAAUUAAUUUUAAACACAACAAGAAUCGGUUUUAAAUUAAUUUUACCUUAUUGGUAGAUUAAUUAUUUGUUAGAAUUGGAGGAGUUGUUGAAAACCAGCUGUUCUAGGAUGAAAGGUGACGCAGAACACACUUUGGACUUGUUGGAAACUAAUUACCCUAGUUUGUCCAACUUGAUAGUCCAGUUGAAGAUGUUCUUGACCGACAAGUUGUACCACGAGUUGACUGGUUCAUUGAUUACCUUAAUGUCGGAUUCUUCAGUAUCUUGUGACCAUAAAUUGCAGGUUUUCGAGUCGGUUGUGCAUCCUCUGAAGGAUUCUUUCAAUAUUCUCAGCUUUUGUAAACUUUUAAAGCUCUCUUCAGAACUUUUAGACCCUAAAUCGGCACUGGAACACUUGAGUAAAUAUGAUAAAUUUAUGGAAAGGGAUCCGGAAGCAUUUAUCAUGUUACAAAUCGCAAAAUCAUAUCAUUACGUGAAAAGUGGCCAGACUAAAGAGUGCGAUACAUUACUCGACUCAGUUCGUGAGACUGUAAACAACUCUCUCGACUUGGAUAUUUCAGUCCAUAGCUCAUUUUAUCACGCAUCUGCUUACAUGAACAAAGCCACUAAAAGUUAUUCGCAAUGCUAUAAAGACUGCAUAAUGUACCUUGCGUACACAUCAUUAAAUGACAUUUCUGAAAAUGAAAGGAAAACCAUCGCUGUAACCAUUACCAUCUCAUCUAUUCUAGCCCCCGAUAGCUUCGGUUUUGGAGAACUGAUUCAUCAACCUAUAAUUGAGCACUAUUUGAAGGGAACUGAUUACAAUUGGCUCUACGAAGUUUUAUUGAUUUUUAACGAGGGAAACUUGCAACUUUUUGAAGAGGCUUUGGAACGCUUUAAAGGGCAAAUCACACACUCUGAGUUAAACGGACAUGAACCGGAGCUGAGAUAUAAAUUAACGUUGAUAGCCUUAAUGAACUUGGCGUUCAGAAAACCUAACAAACAGCGGUCUCUAUCAUUUCAGGAGAUCGUUGAGCACUGUAAAAUCCAAAUGGACGAGGUGGAACCCUUUAUACUCAAGGCACUGGGGUGUAAUCUCAUCCAGGGCCACAUUGACCAGACACAGGGAACUAUUCAAGUCACUUGGGUUCAGCCACGAAUUCUUGACACUAACAAGCUAGAGUUGGUUAGACAGAAGCUAAAAGGUUGGAUAAGUUCAACAAAUGAACUUGUCAAGGGACUAGAACAGCUUAUUGCAAAUCCUUCCAAUUAAUCUACUAAUACACUG